CGCGGGCGCGCUCGGGGCACUCUGCCUGUUAGCCACGCCCCUUACCCGGGGGUCGGUCACUGCGCGGUUGGGAGGGGUGGGGAAGUGCGCGGGAGCAGGUCGGAGGUGUUGGGGGCGCGUUGGGUAGAGCCACCCUCCUCCCCUGCGGUCCAGGAACCGUCCACCAAGUAGGAGGAAGCGGCUCUGGGUGGGUGCGGCGGCCACUGCGAGCCAAGCUACGGGGCCGGGGACGCGCCUGAGAGCCUUGCGAGUGUACCGGGGGCGCGCCUUCUCCUGGUCUCCUGGGCCUGGCACCCAGCGGAAAUUGGGAAGUGACGGGCACAAGCCGGAUCAUGAAGCGGGGAAGAUUUCUCCACUUCCCCACUUCCUCUCCAGACGUCGGUCAGAGCAAGGGAAGAGGGAAAAGGUGGGGGCUGACGCCCCAAGGCCGCCCUCCUGUUCCCUCCCGAUGAAUGUGCUCAAGCGGAAGGUAACGGGGCCCUUGGACGUUUCUCGGGCUGGGGUCUUUUAGUCUUGUCUGGCAUGGGUCUACUCAUGGGCACAGUUACACUUGGGUAAGAGAGGGGCCCCUUCCGAAUCACUUUGGCCUUUCAACGUUAGGUAGGUUAGGCGUGGCAGCUCUGUGCUUUCCUCCUCCCUCAAACUUGGGAUUUUUCUUUGGGCUCGAUUUUACAUCUGUCAACUGGAAACCCCAGCCUUUUGCAUGUGCAAGAAAGCUUGUUUUAUGAAGUCCCCUUCUGCGUGGUCUUUACGUGCCAAGCCAGUGCCCUAGGGCAGUGUCAUUCUUUUAUAAGCUUGGUGACUUUGCAGGGGGGCAUACUCUGGCUGAGGGGGUCCUGGGGAGAAGUCUGUGAGAGGUCUUCAUUAAACAGUGGCUAAACACGAUUUACUGAAUCAGUAGUAGUCAUUGCUUGAGUAGUCUAAUCCUCAGGGCAGAUCCCUAUUGCCUUUUCUUCGAGAAAAAUGUGUCACCAUAAUUUAAGCCUGACUAGGGACCCAGUUGACUUUUUCAUAGCCUGAGUUUUAUCCCUUAAGCUCUUUAUCUUUUACAUUGGCAAGGUUUGGUGGGACAGCCCUUGUGUAUGUGGCCAGUCUCUGCUCCACUUGGGAACAGAUCAGAGUUAACUUUGCCCUGUCAUUUUGGAAGAUGCAGCCUGGGAGUAUCUGAUGCCCUAUUCCUGGUGGGUUCAUACCUGCUCAUACCCUGUGUGAUAAGUUUCAGGGAUAGGAAGUAAAUGUGGGUGCAAGUGCUUAUUUAUCCCACCAAGAUAUUUCAUUUGCUGUCCUGGAAAGGCACAUGUUUGGGGCCAUUCCUAGUCCUUUAAGUGGGGGAAAUAUAAAGGGUCGUAGUGUCCACUACUAGGAACAAGUCCUUGUUCUGCAUUAAUACUGCAUUCUAUUUUCCUCAACUCAGGUUAUACAAGUCCACGACUAUCCGGAAUCGGGCUUUCCUGCUGGGUGCUCUGAGGCAGGCUGUAUGACUACGCGUUUGUUCACAUGGAGAAGGAAGCAGAUGCCAAAGCCGCAAUCGCGCAGCUCAACGGCAAAGAAGUGAAGGGCAAGCGCAUCAACGUGGAACUCUCCACCAAGGGUCAGAAGAAGGGGCCUGGCCUGGCUGUCCAGUCUGGGGACAAGACCAAGAAACCAGGGGCUGGGGAUACGGCCUUCCCUGGAACUGGUGGCUUCUCUGCCACCUUCGACUACCAGCAGGCUUUUGGCAACAGCACUGGUGGCUUUGAUGGGCAAGCCCGUCAGCCCACACCACCCUUCUUUGGUCGCGACCGCAGCCCUCUGCGCCGUUCACCUCCCCGAGCCUCUUAUGUGGCUCCUCUGACGGCCCAGCCAGCUACCUACCGGGCCCAGCCGUCAGUGUCACUGGGAGCUGCCUAUAGGGCCCAGCCUUCUGCCUCUUUGGGUGUUGGCUAUCGGACUCAGCCCAUGACAGCCCAGGCAGCCUCUUACCGCGCUCAGCCCUCUGUCUCCCUUGGGGCACCAUACAGGGGCCAGCUGGCUAGUCCUAGCUCCCAGUCUGCAGCUUCUUCACUCGGCCCAUAUGGUGGAGCCCAGCCCUCAGCCUCGGCCCUUUCCUCCUAUGGGGGUCAGGCAGCUGCGGCUUCUUCGCUCAACUCCUAUGGGGCUCAGGGUUCCUCCCUUGCCUCCUAUGGUAACCAGCCAUCCUCUUACGGCGCCCAGGCUGCCUCUUCCUAUGGGGUUCGUGCAGCUGCUUCUUCCUACAACACCCAGGGAGCAGCUUCCUCCUUAGGCUCCUACGGGGCUCAGGCAGCCUCCUAUGGGGCCCAGUCUGCAGCCUCCUCACUAGCUUAUGGAGCCCAGGCAGCUUCAUAUAAUGCCCAGCCCUCGGCCUCUUACAAUGCCCAGUCUGCCCCAUAUGCUGCACAGCAGGCUGCUUCCUACUCUUCCCAACCUGCUGCCUAUGUGGCACAGCCAGCCACAGCUGCUGCCUAUGCCAGCCAGCCAGCAGCCUACGCCGCACAAGCCACUACCCCAAUGGCUGGCUCUUAUGGGGCCCAGCCGGUUGUCCAGACCCAGCUGAAUAGUUAUGGGGCCCAAGCAUCAAUGGGCCUCUCAGGCUCCUAUGGGGCUCAGUCGGCUGCUGCGGCCACUGGCUCCUAUGGUGCCGCAGCAGCCUAUGGGGCCCAACCUUCUGCCACCCUGGCAGCUCCUUACCGCACUCAGUCAUCAGCCUCAUUGGCUGCUUCCUAUGCUGCCCAGCAGCAUCCCCAGGCUGCUGCCUCCUACCGCGGCCAGCCAGGCAAUGCCUACGAUGGGGCAGGUCAGCCGUCUGCAGCCUACCUGUCCAUGUCCCAGGGGGCCGUUGCCAACGCCAACAGCACCCCGCCGCCCUAUGAGCGUACCCGCCUCUCCCCACCCCGGGCCAGCUACGACGAUCCCUACAAAAAGGCUGUCGCCAUGUCGAAAAGGUAUGGUUCCGACCGGCGUUUAGCCGAGCUCUCUGAUUACCGCCGUUUAUCAGAGUCGCAGCUUUCGUUCCGCCGCUCGCCGACAAAGUCCUCGCUGGAUUACCGUCGCCUGCCCGAUGCCCAUUCCGAUUACGCACGCUAUUCGGGCUCCUAUAAUGAUUACCUGCGGGCGGCUCAGAUGCACUCUGGCUACCAGCGCCGCAUGUAGGGCCAUCCUGGGAUUGGGCACCACAGGGAGGGAGGGAGAAAAGAGGUGGGUAGGGUUACAGAUCCAGGUUAUAACUACUCUGGCCCAUAUCUUUCCUGGUUGCGGUUUUUCAUCCCCUCUACCAUGUGGGCCUUCCCCAGGAGAUGAUCCUUUUGAGUGUUCGGCAGUAACCUACUUUGUUCCUUCGCCUCAGCAGCAAAUCUUGCUACUGGCUCUAGAUCUGCGGUUUCCCCCCUACCCUGCCUCCUGUCUCCCCAGAAUGGGAAUUUCUUUUAUGUUUUUAUUUUUUUCCUGGCUCCCUUUUAUUUUUGUGCGCGAUAUUUAAGGUCGUCUGGAUGGGGAAGCAACCUGCAGCUGAGGUCGCCGGCGCCUUUUUCUUUUUAGAUGGGAAGGAGGCCAGGAAAGGGUUAGCUUAACCAUUUCCUAUGCGCCAAGCUGUGCCAGCAGUCCAGGGUACCCUGACUGUUCCUCUGUAGACUGUUGAGACUGAGUUCCUGUUGGGACAGUCAGUCGGUAUGUAUCCAAGUCCCUGCUGACCACUAAUGUUCUAGCUGAUGGUGAGCGGCACAGUCCCACUUCCCCAUCUCCCCAAGUAGGUGGUGUUAGAAAACGUUAAUUUUUUUCCCUUUUGUAUGGACUACAAAUAAAACUUGGGGCAAUUUGCAGUUUGGAAA